AACCGAAAGAAAAAAAAUCUAAAAAUAAAAAUCAGUCUUCAUCUUCUUUCUCUCUCAUCAUCGUACAAACUCGAAACUGCAAAGUACAAACCCUAGUUGAAAGAAAGAAAGAAAGAAAGAAAACCCACCUCUUUCGAUAAUAUCCCCCAAAUUUUCCGAAUCCCUAACCCUAGAUUUCAAUAUCAUCCCAAAACCCUACAUAUUUUCAUUUGUUAACGAAUUCAAUCAUAUUUUAUUUUACUUUAUUUGUGGAAGAUCAAACGAAAAAUGCAAUCGGAUUCAAAAUUCAGGUCGUAGCAGAUCGAAUGAUGGUAACCCUAGCGAAAACUGCCGAUUGUAUGGGAAAACAAACAUGCCGGAGCUUCAAAUAGGGGUAAAACGACGUCGUGCUUCAGUAAAGAAUCAGAAAUCUGACCAUUUGGUUGGGAAUUACAUUCGAACACGCGCCGCUGUUGCAAAAGAGACGGCGAAGGCGGCGGAAGCUGGGAAGAAAGUUGUUGAGGAGGGGAAGAAGAUAAUUGGUGGGGAUCCUCCUAGAACCAGGUUAGCUGUGAAGAAGGAGCAACAAAAGGAAACACCACCAAAGAUAAUUAAUACUAGUAAUAAGAAGAAGGUUAUUACUCCUAGUAAAGUUCCGGUGAUUGUGGUCUCCGAGAAAGAAACUCAGUCAAAAGAGAGAGAAUCAGAGGCAGUAGAAGAGGAAGAGGAAUUAGAGGAGGAAGAGGAAGAAGAAUUAGAGGAGGAAGAGGAGGAAGAAUUAGAAUUAGAAUCAGAAGAGGAAGAAGAAAUGUUGGGCGAUGAUAGUGGUGGGUUAAGUGCCAAUAAUAAGGGUACUGGCCAAGAUGAUGAUGGGAAUAAAUCCCCUUUUCCUGAAAGGGUUCAAGUGGGUGGUUCCCCUUUAUAUAAGGUGGAACGGAAACUCGGGAAAGGUGGGUUUGGUCAGGUGUUUGUGGGGCGGCGGGUUAACGAACGUGCCACCGGUGUGGGGGCUUUGGAGGUGGCUUUGAAGUUUGAGCAUAAGAACAGCAAAGGUUGUAAUUAUGGCCCCCCAUACGAGUGGCAAGUUUACAAUACCCUGGGUGGUAGCCAUGGAGUGCCUAAGGUGCACUAUAAAGGGAAGCAAGGAGAGUAUUAUGUAAUGGUCAUGGACAUGCUUGGACCUAGCUUAUGGGAUGUGUGGAAUACUUCUGGGCAGUCGAUGUCAGUUGAAAUGGUUGCCUGUAUAGCAGUUGAGUCCUUGUCAAUUCUUGAGAAGAUGCAUACUAAAGGUUAUGUGCAUGGAGACGUGAAGCCAGAAAACUUUUUGCUUGGCCAGCCUUCUACCGCACAGGAGAAAAAAUUGUUUCUUGUUGACCUUGGACUAGCAACAAAAUGGAGGGAUACUUCUAGUGGGCAGCAUGUUGAAUAUGAUCAGCGUCCUGAUAUGUUCAGGGGAACAGUUCGAUAUGCAAGUGUCCAUGCCCACCUCGGUAGAACAGCCAGCAGAAGAGAUGACUUGGAAUCUCUUGCAUAUACACUUAUAUUUCUUCUGAAGGGAAGGCUACCUUGGCAAGGUUAUCAGGGUGAUAACAAAUCAUUUCUUGUGUGCAAAAAGAAGAUGGGAACGUCACCUGAAGUUUUGUGUUGCUUUUGUCCCGCGCCACUUAAAAAUUUCGUUGAAAUAGUUGUGAAUAUGAAAUUUGAUGAAGAGCCCAACUAUUCUAAGCUGAUAUCAUUGUUUGAUGGGUUGAUUGGACCAAACCCAUCCAUAAGGCCUAUUAACACCGAUGGUGCUCAGAAGGUUGGUCAAAAACGUGGAAGGCUCAAUGUUGAUGAAGAUGAUGAUGGGCAACCCAAGAAGAAGGUCCGCAUGGGUGUUCCAGCUACUCAAUGGAUUUCAGUUUAUAACGCUCGGUCACCUAUGAAGCAGAGGUACCAUUAUAAUGUUGCUGAUGCUCGAUUGGCACAGCAUGUGGAGAGAGGUAACGCUGAUGGCUUGCUUAUAAGCUCUGUGUCAUCAUGUUCCAAUCUGUGGGCAUUGAUUAUGGAUGCGGGCACUGGCUUUACUAAUCAAAUUUAUGAGUUAUCAACUCAAUUUUUGCACAAGGAGUGGAUCAUGGAACAAUGGGAGAAGAAUUAUUACAUCAGUUCUGUUGCUGGUGCUACGAAUGGUAGCUCCCUUGUGGUCAUGUCCAAAGGCACUCAAUACACGCAGCAAUCUUACAAAGUAAGUGAUGCUUUCCCCUUCAAGUGGAUAAAUAAGAAAUGGAGAGAAGGAUUUCAUGUCACCUCAAUGGCUACUGCUGGAACAAGAUGGGGUGUUGUCAUGUCCCGUAAUGCUGGUUUUAGUGAUCAGGUUGUGGAGCUAGAUUUUUUGUACCCAAGUGAAGGCAUUCACAAGCGCUGGGACAGUGGUUAUCGAAUAACAUCGACAGCUGCUAAUAUUGAUCAAUCUGCACUUGUUUUGAGUGUGCCAAAGCGCAGGCCAGGUGAUGAAACUCAAGAAACAUUGAGGACCUCCCAAUUUCCAAGCACACACGUUAAGGAUAAAUGGGCAAAGAAUCUGUAUCUUGCAUGCCUAUGUUAUGGAAGAACCGUGUCAUGAUAUCCUUGUAAGUAGCGAGAGUUGUAACAGAAAAUAUGAACGAAAAACAGAAUAUGGGCCCUUCUCAUCAGUCGAUCGUUAUGUUAUGUAAGGGAUGGAAUUUGGCAGCCAAAGUUGGGGAACUUUCUUUCCUACGCAAGUACGUGUGAAAAACAGAUCCCUGUAAUGUUGUAUUGCUAUUUGUCACCACUGGUGGCCUCCUUUGUCAAUUAUUACUAUCGAUAAAGUGGUGCUAUUUAUGUUCAUUCCGUUCCCCUAUGUGCCUGUUUUACAAUUAUGCUAAUGGUUGAUUGAUGUAGUUAUGUAGCUCAUUCAACAAUGACUUUAUUCUUAUAAAAUGCAAAGAACACCA